AUGCUGUCAUUUUUUGGAUGUCACUACACAGAAACUGAAGAAGGAAUUGCACAGGCGAUUGUCCGGUGUAAUAUAGAUUUUGAGAGGGACCCCUGGCCAAAGGUUUCUGAUGAUGCGAAGGAUCUUGUGAAGGGUAUGCUCGAACCAAAUCCUUACAGCCGGAUGACAGUUGAAGAAGUGCUAGAGUCUCGUUGGAUACAAAGUGCCGAUAAGGUGCCAAAUGUUCCUUUGGGAGAAAAUGUUAGGACGAGGAUUAAACAGUUCUCUUUGAUGAAUAAGUUCAAGAAGAAGGUUUUAAGACAUGCCCUUAGGCAGAAUACAACUAGUGAAACCAGUGCUCAAUGGAAUGCCACACUGCAAAAUCUGGUGCUUAUAUUCUGGCUUCACACUUGCCAUAAAGAUUUGGGUUUGAGUGUGGUUGCUGAAACUGAAGAAGGAAUUGCACAGGCGAUUGUCCGGUGUAAUAUAGAUUUUGAGAGGGACCCCUGGCCAAAGGUUUCUGAUGAUGCGAAGGAUCUUGUGAAGGGUAUGCUCGAACCAAAUCCUUACAGCCGGAUGACAGUUGAAGAAGUGCUAGAGUCUCGUUGGAUACAAAGUGCCGAUAAGGUGCCAAAUGUUCCUUUGGGAGAAAAUGUUAGGACGAGGAUUAAACAGUUCUCUUUGAUGAAUAAGUUCAAGAAGAAGGUUUUAAGAGUGGUGGCAGACAACUUGCCCCAUGAGCAAGUGGAUGGAAUCAAAGAGUUGUUCAAUAUGAUGGACACAGACAAAAAUGGAAACCUUACUUUCGAAGAGCUCAGAGAUGGUCUAAGCAAGAUGGGCCAACCUGUUACUGAUCCUGAUGUGCAAAUGUUAAUGGAUGCUGCUGAUAUUGAUGGAAAUGGAAUGCUUAACUGUGAGGAGUUUGUGACAAUGGCUGUCCACAUAAAAAGAAUUAGCAGUGAUGAGCAUCUCCAGCAGGCUUUUCGCUACUUCGACAAGAACAAAAGCGGAUUCAUUGAAUUUGAAGAGCUGAGAGAAGGCUUGUUAGAUGAACACCUUGGUCCCAACAAUGAUCAGGUGGUCCAAGACAUCAUAUUUGAUGCAGACUUGGAUAAGGAUGGUCGAAUCAGUUAUCAAGAAUUCGAGGCCAUGAUGACCACAGGGAUGGAUUGGAAGUUGGCCUCUCGACAAUACUCUCGAGCAAUGCUAAAUGCAAUAAGCAUGAAAUUGUUCAAAAACAAAUCUCUAGGGUUGAAAACUGAUUGA